UUAUUGUUUUGUCGUAUUGAUUGGAAACAUUUACAGUUGUGAAAACAGCAUCGUCUCGUCUAUCCUUCAAAUAUUAUUUUCUUAAAAUGGCUUUAUUUCGAUUGAUUUCACCCUAUUUCGUCGAUGGAUCACAAUUGUCAUGUCGAACGUUGUUGUCAUUAACAGUUUCAAGAUGUUACUGUGACUCGCAAGUAAAGGCAAACAGUGAUAUUAAAGCAAAUCCGUUGUUCGAAAAUCGUAAUCCAAGAGCUCUGGAACGCAUGGGUAUUGCCAGGAAAGUCCAGGGUUGGAAAUUUCAGGCACCCCGUAAAGACUUCUAUCACAAAUUGGUGUAUGACAAGACAAAGAUGACUGCCCAUGUUGUUCACUCCUCUGGAAAAAUUGUAAUUGAAGCAUCUACAAAAGAACCAGCUGUUCUUAAGUAUCUUUACAAACACAAUGACGUAAGUGCCUCAUGGAAUCUGGGUCAGCUGUUGGCGAGGAGAAUGUUGGAGUCUGGAAUCACGGAAGUGUUCUAUGAUGCAGAAAACAAAGUGACAGAGGAUGAAGCAGAGGGAUCAAAACCAUCAGAAAAAAUUGAAGCAUUUUUCUCUGCGCUGAAGGACAAUGCAAUCAAGCUGAGUGAGCCUGAUCCUGUGAAGUUUGAGACGGUCCCUGGCAUCAACUACGAGGGUUACACCCGCCUGGGAGAGAGGAAGAAAUAUCAGGAGGACUACCAGAAAUUGUGAGGGGCAACCAAGGGGACAACUAUAGACUGUGAUGGGCAACCAAGUGGACAACUAGAAACUGUGAGGGGAAACUAAGGGGACAACAAAAAACUGUAAGGGGUAACCUAGGUGAAAACUAGAAACUGUGAGAGGCAAACAAGGGGACAACUAGACUUGGUGAGGGGCAACAAAGGUGACAACUAGAAACUAUGAGGGGCAACCAAGGGGACAAAUAUAAACUAUGAGGGGCAACCAAGGGGACAACUAGAAACUGUGAGGUGGUAACCAAGGGGACAACUAGAAACUAUGAGCGACUUGCAGUGGGCAGAAUGUACAAGCAGAUUAAACAAUAUAUAUAUGUAACUUGUUUGAUGAUAUUUGUACCAAUUAGAUACAAAUUUAGGAAAACCCAAAAAAAAAAUUGAAAAAAGGA